AUGGUGCCAGGCCAGUCUGUAUCUGACAGUAAACGUCAAACUUUCAAUAAUCAAAUGAACUUUAUUGUCCACUAUGCAGCAAAUCUUCAACAGUCCUCCAAUUUCGAAAGUUUUAAAGAAUGUUAUCAAGCUUCACCUUACGGAACGCUAAGUCAGAUUUAUCAAAAUGGAACAGGUGUACCACCGAACAGCUACGUUUUAUUUGUCACAUAUAUUCAAGAUAAUCUGUGUGCAGGAAAUCUUUAUGCCUAUGCAACAUCUUGUCAAAAUGAUCCUCUAACGGAUAGACCAGUGAUGGGCUACUUGAACAUGUGUCCCGAUAUGUUCUCUAAGAGAGUAGUGAAUCCAAGUGAAUGGGUAAAUAUAAUUAAACAUGAAGUUGGCCAUGCAUUGAAUGCAGCUCGUAAGCAUUUUAAUUGUAAAACACUGGACGGUGUCGAUUUGGAAAAUGAAGGUUCUUUAGCCAGUGCUGGAUCACAUUUUGAGGCUAGAAUUUAUGGUGAUGAACUUAUGGUUGCUGAAUUACAAAAGAAGUCACUGAUCACACCAAUCCUACUGGCAUAUAUGAAUGAUACUGGAGGACAAAGUUAUUAUCCUUACUGUGACAAACCAUCAACUGUAAGUUGCAGAAGUGAGACUUCAUAUGGAAUGUGCAGUAUACAGAAAUAUACUCAAGCACUACCCACUGAAAAUCAGUAUUUUACAAAUCCAAGAACAUUUAAUGACCUUCAAGUUGGUAAUUAUGGUGGAGGAGCAAAUUUUAUGGAUUAUUGUCCAAUGUUGACGGUUAGUUUAUUUUCUGAAAUUGCUCGUAAGGGAAUGAAUGUUUAUAUGCAAACAUAUGGUGCCCAGUCAAUAUGCAUUGAACAUUCUGGACAUAUGACUUACUAUACAUAUUUUAUGAGUCAUAAUCUGGGUGAAGGUGUUUCUGGUUCCUGCCACUUAUAUCACUGCUUAGGCAAUAACAGUAUGUCUGUUGACUUUGCUGGACAAACGGUGAUCUGUUCAAAUGGUGAGGUUGUCAAACAAAUAGAUAUUACUAGGCAGUCAAGUCGUUUACUUGGAACGAUCAAAUGUCCUCCUGUACAACUUUUAUGCCCUAAAAAUUGA